AUGUCGAGAUCCGAGAAGACGCUACUUGAUAGCCCAGGGGAGGAUCGUGCCGAGAAAACUUUUGAUAAACUCUAUAAACGCUAUGUGAAGGAUGAGGACACAAAAUCGGACAAUGAGAAAGGAUCAUAUGGAAAAGCGAAAGGUCGAUCGUUCAUUUCGCAUAGCGAAGCCGAGGAGGAGCCGUCGUCAGAUGAAGAACUAAGCCCUACCGAGCUUGACAACUCUUUUGCAGAGCAGCUUCGCAAUAUUCGUGAAAAAAUGGUAUUUCAUCAUCGUCUACUUUCUCAAGUAGGGUGUUCAAGUUGA